AUGGUACUCGUGCCCGGAUCUUCUGGUGACUCGGGAUUUCACUGUGAGUCCCUAAGUGAAGAGGAGAAAGUCAAGACUGAACCUAUGAUGGAAGCAUUAGAGGAAAAGGGAUCGCCUCCGACGCGUGAUUUAAGGAUCACCGGAUUAUCAGAGUUUUGGGAGAAGCUCUAA